GUGGUAAGCUCACCACAAGUGAGAGUACCUCUCCUUCUCCCUUUCCCCUUUUUUUUUUUAUUUUUUUUUCCUUUUUUUGGGGUGCUUUUUCUUAUGCUUUUCUCCCAACUAUCAAGCAAGCUUUGAACCAGUGAGAAGGGGUCAGUGUAGAGUUAUUAUGAUUAGGGCAAAGCAUAUGUUUAAAGAGCACUCAAAUCUGAUGCUGGAUUUGAGUUCUUUGCUGAAUAAGGAGAGGCCAAUCACAUUUGAGGAGUCUCUCAACUUUGUUAAGAAAGUGAAGGCUCGCGAUUACUUGUUAUAUGCAUCAUUGUUCGACAUUCUUAGCAGGAAAGAACACAAGCCGAUCGAAAUGUACCAAGAGUUACUUUCGCUCUUUCGGAACCAUGACGACUUGCGCGACGAGCUCGCGCGGUUUCGACCCGGCGCGUCGCCGCAGCCGCCACCGAGAAGGAGGAGUGGGUACAGCCACAGCUGUUUCUGGAUGUUUCUUUUCCUUCUGCCUCUUCUUCUGUUGAGCCUGCUCCUUGUUUUUGAGAAGCCACUGAGGUGUCUUCUGCAGCAAACUCUUGGAAAUUGCUGAGAAGAAAUGGUUUAAACUGCUAUAAAUAUAUUUUUUUUCUGGUGUUUUUGUUUUUGUUUUUGUUUUUGUUUUUUUUUUUUUUUUGGCUCUCUCUAUUAAGCUUGUAUAUUUGAAAACUAAUCUAUCUAUUGGGCUCAUAAGCAGGUUAUAUUUGCCUUGAUGAAAGAAAAAAGAUGAGCCUGUAGGUUUUAUGUGCCGCCUCGCUUUCCGGGCGGCCACUUAUUUUAAAAUUAUUUUAAUCCUAGUA